UAUAAAGAAGAAUUGACAGGAUGUCCGAGGAUGCUGAGUAGAGUUUUAGAGUUAAUGAGAUAAUUUGGGCGAAAGUCUUAGGCUGUAAGUAUAAUAUAAUUAAUUAGAUCCAUGGUGGCCUGCAAAAGUAAUUAUACAAAAAUCAUCUUUUAGAUUGCUUCUAUUUUGAAUGUGGAUGGCAAGAAUGGAUAACACAGUGAGUACAGAGUUAAUUUUAUUGGAGACACUUCGCAGUAUUAAAUUUAGUUAGCAUUAUAGCGCCUAAUUGAGGUUCGAUAAAUUGAAAAAAUGGAAUCCUAAACCAAUUCAAUAAGAAACUAAAAAGUUAAAAGAAUCAAUAGAUUUAGCUAAUAACUUGAUUGAAGCGUAAGAGAAAGCUUAAGAAAUUGAACUGGGCAAUCUAAACGAGCAUAGUUUAAAGGGUCUAACUAUCAAAUUGAAUGAUCUUGUUUAUAACCAGAGAUCUAUAUAGGAUGUAAUUGAUCAAAUAAUGUCAUAGAUCAUUCAAGCCUUAAAUCUAAUAAGCGACAAUGAAAAGUUAACCAUAGUUAAACUAAAUUUGGGAUAAUAAUAUUUUGCAUUGUAUUAGAGCUUAAAAUAAGGGAAAGGAGAGAAUCACCUUUAAAAUUCGCAAGAUUUUAUUGAUUAAUUGAAAACGACCAUCGGUUUCUAAUUAUCAUCGGACUUCUUGUCGGUUUAAAAAAAAUAAGAAAAGCCUAGCCCCAACAGUGAUGACACUAAGGAAAUCACUGACUCUCCUGUUAAGAAAAGGAAAAUUGAAGAAAUCUCUAAAGAUGCACUUUGUAAUUAACAUUGAUUUUAUAUAUUAUUAUUUCU